AUGAAGUACUCACUUUUUGCCGCUGUCGUGGCUGCUUUCGCUUCUGGCGCCACUGCUGCAGAUGCUGUCAAGGGCGCUGCUGAAGGUUUCGCUAAGGGCGUGACUGGUGGUGGCAACGCCGCACCCGUGUACCCAACUACUACUGCGCAGCUCAUCAGCUACCUCGGCGACGCCUCGCCCCGUGUCAUUGUUCUGACCAAGACCUUCGACUUCACCGGCACUGAGGGCAAGGCAACCUCCUCGGGCUGCCGACCAUGGGGAACUGGCUCCAACUGCCAGAUUGCCAUCAACCAGAACGGAUGGUGUGACAACUACCAGAAGGGCGCUCCUAAGGUCGGCAGCAUCACCUACGACAAAGCUGGUGUGCUUGGAAUCACUGUCAAGUCCAACAAGUCUUUGAUCGGUCAAGGCAGCAAGGGUGUCAUCAAGGGCAAGGGUAUUCGGAUGACGGGCGGCGUGAAGAACAUUAUCAUCCAGAACGUGCGCUUCACGGAAAUCAACCCGCAAUACGUCUGGGGUGGUGAUGCUAUCACCGUCGAUGGAGCCGACCUUAUAUGGAUCGACCACGUCACCACUGAUCUCAUUGCUCGCCAGCACAUCGUCCUCGGUAACACUGCUUCUGGUCGUGUCACCAUCUCUAACAACGAGAUCAACGGAGCCACCGCUUGGUCUGCCACUUGCGACGGUCACCACUACUGGGGAUUGUACCUUACCGGUAGCAACGACCUCGUUACCCUCAAGGGUAACUACAUCCACCACACCUCCGGUCGUUCUCCCAAGGUCGCCGGCAACACCCUUCUCCACGCUGUCAACAACUACUUCUCUGCCAAUUCCGGACACGCCUUUGAGGCUGACGCUGGUGCGAAGAUCGUCGCCGAGGGCAACGUCUUCCAGGACGUCAAGGCAGCUUCUCAGUCUGGUCUCGCCGGAAAGUUCUUCGCAUCAGCUUCCAACAAUGCAGCAUGCAAGCAAUACCUUGGCCACAACUGCGAGCCCAACGCUUACGGCAACUCUGCCGCUCUUGCUGGUGCCGACACCAGCAUCCUGUCUGGCUUCAGUGGCAAGAGCAUUGCCUCUGCCGGUACUGCUGCUAGCGCUAAGAACGUUGUUAACACCGCUGGUUACGGAAGGAUUUAA